GUAGUAGUGUGUGUGUGUGUGCCGAAUUUAAAGAGAGAAUAAAACGAAAAAAAAAAAACAUUCGCAAAUCAGCAUACGGUUCUAUUCGAUAAAAAUACAAUUUGCUUAGAGAAUACAUCAUCGAAACACGAUUUAUUUGCACAAUGUUGCUGUUUUGCUUCGCAACCGAUGUUCAUCUUCCACGCAUCUUUUUCUCAACUUUAGACGAAGUGUCGAUUUUUCAAACGUUCGGCGAGAGAGCCAGAAAAAAAAUUACCCAAUUUGAAUUCAUUAAACCAAAACCACACGUUGAAAUUGUGUGUAAUCAGUCGUGUUCGUGUGAUAAUUUUGCAUAAUUUGAGACACGCGGCAAAAUGAUGAAAAUUUGGAAUUUGAACCGUAAUUUUGUGCACGAACACAUCAAAUCGUUGAUAAUUCGAAAAUAAUGCAUCGCAAAACUAUGUAAACAUUGAAUUUUCACGUGAUUUUUUUCAAUAUCCUAUCAAAUUACAUCGUUUAUUUCAUUUUCCCUCUUCUUUGUUUAAUCAAUUGGAAAUGCUCGAUUCAUAUUAAAAAAAAAUCUAAUUUGAAUUUUUUGCCAAUGACCAUUAAACGCACUCGAUUCACGUCUACGGUCGCCAUAUUUGUUGUGGUGCAUGUAUCAUUGAACGAAACAGAUGGUUUUCGCUAUAUAUUUGUUAUUUACAUAGUCUGUCGAUGAUUUGAUCUCUCUGUCUAACCCAUCAACUCUAUCGUUCAAACUCGUUUCACUUGUACUGCAAACUGUGACCAAGUUCAUGCGAUACAAUUGACAUAUUGUCAAAUCAGUUUUUUUCCACACUAGUUAUCAAAUGUGUGAACUUGGUGUGCAUGCAAAUAGGUGCGAGUAGAAGAAGAGAACCAGAAAAAAAAUUGCAAAUUCAAGAAAAUAAAAGUGAAUCAUCUCGUUCUCUUCGAUUUCUUAAAUAGGAUCUUAUCUAUAAGAAAAAACACAAUAAUUGUUGGGAACCGAAGAGCGUGCGAUUGAGUCGCCAUAAAUUAUCAUCAACAAUGUGCUAAAUCAAUCAAUUGGACCUCGAAUUUUUGGACAAUUUCCAACCAAAAAUUUCGAUCGAUCAUCAGAAACAGAAAAAAAAAGUUUUUUUCGUGUGUUUUUUGAUACGGAAAUAGAAUAAAAACACACCAACACACGCACAAACAUCGAUUCAUCUGUUUUUGCUGGAGGUGCUUACAUUUCAGACUGUGCUCACAAGUUGCAGUGUUCAGAUUUUUUUUCUUUUCAUCUAAAAAAUACCAAACAAACGAAAAAUAGAACCAAAACCCAGAGAGAAAGAGAGAGCGGAAUAAAAACAACCAAAAAUGACUCUCGAUCUACUGCAAAUUGUGCCAUCAGAAAUUCCCAGACCCUCCAAACAUGGUAAAUCGUAUUUUAGCAAGGGCGACUUCAAAUAUUUUCACUAUUGUUGUGAUAACUAUAAUGAUGUGGGAUGGGGCUGUGCUUAUCGGACACUUCAAUCGAUGUGCUCGUGGAUAGCGAAAAAUCGAAAUGCAAUGGACGUCGAUGCUAAUCAUCAUAUUGGCACAAAUGAUAUUCCCUCCAUCGAAGAGAUUCAACAAACACUCGUCAAUAUCAACGAUAAACCUCCCGAAUUUCUCAAUUCAACGGAUUGGCUUGGUGCAUUAGAGAUCUUCUAUGUGAUUGACACACUGUACGAUAUAUCAUGUCGCAUACAGCACAUCCCAAGUUGCCAUGACAUCAAAAAGUAUAGUAAUAUAUUGAAAUUUUAUUUCGAAAAUUUUGGCGGUUUGGUGAUGAUGGGUGGCGAUUUGGAUGCAUCCAGCAAAAUGAUUGCUGGUAUUCACAUAGUCGAUAACGAUGCAUACUUGCUUGUUGUGGAUCCACAUUAUGUUGGUGUACCAAAAUCGGUGGAUGACCUUAUUGAUCAAGGUUACAUACGAUGGCAGCACACAUCCGAUUUUGUCGAUAGUUCAUUUUACAAUUUAUGCUUACCUCAAUUGAAAUUUAUGAGUGACUAGUAUUGCAUUCAAUCCGUUUACCAAAUUCAAUGUAAAUGUAUUUGUUGUGCGCGUCAACAGCGACGUCGACGAUCUUCCAACGCCUAUUUUAAUAUUGUACAAAUUGUGUCCAUUUACUACUUUCGGUUGUCAUGACGCGCCAUUUUAUUUCCUCCGCAGUUCUUGAAUUCUUUUUUUUUUUUUUUUCUCGUUAUUAUCGUUGUCGUCGUCGGAAAAGAGAAAGAUCCGCGGCUGGUGCACAGUUCAUUUAAAAACUCAACAAGCAAUCGGUUUAACACAAAGAAACACAAAGCAUUCAUUAAAUGGUGAGAAAAAAAAUUGAAAAGAAAAUUAAUUGUUUGUAAAGAAAAUCUUGUACGUGCUUUUAGUACAUUUAUUUUUAGAAUUUUAGAAUGAGAAAACAAACCAACACAGAGAAUCUUAAAAAAAUGACUAUAAAGAGAGAGAGGAAAUUUAUUUUGACAUAGAAAAAUAUAAAUAUUGUUGAUAAUGUUGAAAUAAAGGUUUAAAAUGAAAAAAAAAAAAA